ACAUUGUAAUAUGAUUUUUUUUUUCUUUCUGGCUGUUUCAUGAUGUUUAAAGACAAACAACUAAGCAACAACUUUUGACUCCCAUGCAUUGUGCCAUUGUCCUAAUGUUGAUGAGCGGCCAAUGCCAAACAUCAACUCCGGGUUUUAAAAAAUUAAAUAUAUCAUACACACACUAAUUUGAAUGAAGUCCGAUUCGAGAUCCGAUAAUAAAAAACCUGAAUCCAACAAACGUUCCAAACGGCGUAAUUUCCCUGCCCAGCAAAUCAAAACCUAAACUCAAAAAGCAUUUUUUUUUUAAAAAGGAAAUCUGUUUGCUUUUUUUCAUCUCUUUUUUUUUUCCGUGGAGUUUAGCCCAUUGUGUAAAAAGUUUCCUCUUUUGAUUUCCCCUCCAUUUAUUUUCCUACCGGAAUACAGGUGGUUGAUUGAAGAAGAAAAGGAAUACAUUGAGGGGAAUUUUUAGGGGUUUCGAGCUUUGUCCUCAGGUGUUAAGAUCUGAGGCCAAUCUUUUCUUUCAAGUGCCAAAAAGAAAGAAAAUGAGCGCUGUGAAGUUCAUAAAGUGCGUAACUGUUGGUGAUGGUGCUGUUGGUAAAACUUGUUUGUUGAUUUCAUACACUAGCAACACUUUUCCUACGGAUUAUGUCCCGACCGUUUUUGACAAUUUCAGUGCAAAUGUUGUUGUCAAUGGGAGCACUGUUAAUCUGGGGUUGUGGGAUACUGCUGGACAGGAGGAUUAUAACAGGUUAAGACCUUUGAGUUAUCGCGGAGCGGAUUUGUUCAUAUUGGCAUUUUCCCUCAUUAGCAAGGCCAGUUAUGAAAAUGUCUCCAAAAAGUGGAUUCCGGAGCUAAAACAUUACGCCCCUGGUGUACCAAUAAUUCUUGUUGGAACAAAGCUUGAUCUUCGGGAGGAUAAGCAGUUCUUUAUUGAUCAUCCCGGAGCUGUACCCAUAUCUACAGCCCAGGGGGAGGAGCUGCAAAAGCUGAUCGGAUCACCAGCUUAUAUUGAGUGCAGUGCAAAAACGCAGGAGAAUGUGAAGGCAGUGUUUGAUGCAGCCAUCAAAGUCGUUCUUCAACCACCCAAGCAGAAGAAAAAGAAGAGCAAAGCACAAAAGGCCUGCACCAUAUUGUGACUGGGAAUAGGAAAUGUAAAAAGAUUAGGGCCUUCCAUCCUGUUCACGGUGCCUCGACUUGACCCUUUCAUUUUCUCGUGAAGAUAUUAGAAACCUUGGGUCGUAAUCUUUCAACUGACAACUGGCAAUUUGGUACUAUUACUUUAAAUGCAGCUGUUAUGAUGUUUACUUGAUGAAACGAAGUUCAUAUAUGCCAGCCUCCUCCUCUUGUCUCUGUUGUUGACAUGUUUGAUGUAUUAUAAUGCACUGGAACAUCACAGUUAGGAAAUUGCAGGGACAACCUUAAAUUUAUUGCUUAGUUGUGUUUAAAGGCUUGGCGUGUUUGUUGUUUCAUACUUUUGUGCUUAGCUUCUUGCAUCUUGUAUUUUUAUAUUUUCUGCUGAUUGAUAGAUCCUUUCUUUGGGUCCUAUUGCCCGCA